AAUCUCAACGUCACGUUAUUCCCAGUCUCCUGACAGAGCGGUGGCGCUGCAGCGCAAAAUUGUCCGUUAAGACUUAAAACCGGAAUGAAGCAGAUUUCAAAAUACAAACCUCUUCAAGAAAAUGGCGGAAGUCGUGGAACUGCAUAAACUCAAGUUGGCAGAGCUGAAGCAGGAAUGUACUGCUCGUGGGCUGGAUGCCAAAGGAAAUAAAGCCGAUCUGAUCGCCCGGCUGCAGGCUUACCUGGACGAGCAUGAAGAAGUAAAUGAAGAGGAAGUUCUGGAAGAAUAUGGUGAGGAGACCUUUGCCAAAGAAGAGACCGAUGUCCAGAAACAAGAGCUUACUCCUCCUGAAGAGGUGACUGAGAAAAAACUGGUCAAGAUAAACCCUCCUGCUGCAGUUGGUGAGAGGCUUCAGAAAAGAGCAGAACGCUUCAAUCUUCCACCGAAUGCAGACACCAAGAAGGCGGCACGAGCAGCAAGAUUUGGUUUGGAAGUACCUGAAACUGUGUCGUCCAAAGGAACUUCAGCCAAACCAAAUGUUGAGGUAUUAAAGAAGAGAGCAGAACGUUUUGGGAUGAAUGUCUCUUCAGUUUCUAAAAAGAUUGAGGAUGAUGAAAAGCUUAAGAAGAGGAAGGAGAGAUUUGGCAUUGUCACAAGUGCAGCGUCUGCUGGAGCCACUGAUGCAGAGGCAAAGAAGCGAAAACGUGCCGAGCGGUUUGGAAAUGUAUAAAAAAAAUGGAUCUUACCCUUUUUGGACUUUUUUUUAUUAACUUUUUUUUUUAAGUGUUCUUUGCAGUUAGUUUUGUGAUAAGCUCGUAAUCCCUGUAGUGCCAUGGUUGUUUAUCUGCUAUCUACAUUAAAAGUACCCCAGUUUCUUUUAAA